AUGAUCGGUUGGAAUUCUUCUGAAAACAAUGCUUAUAUUAACGGUAUGAAAUUAAAUGAUAAAGGUGAAGUCAUUUUAAAACGUCGUGAACAUUCAAAUACGAAAAGUUUAAAUUAUCUAUUUACUGAAUUCCUUCAAAAUACAACUGUUUAUAUUUAUGUAAUAACAUUUCUAUUUUUCGGUCUUUUUUGCCUUUCGGUAUUAUUCUUUCUAAGUUAUGAAAUUAUCAGUAAUUUGGUUAUUUUUAUAUUGAACACUUUGAAUAUCUAUGUUACGAGUGAUCAUGAAUUGUCAACACGUAGUGUGGAUUCAAAAAAGGAAGUUCUAUUUUCAACUGUCGCCAUUUUAUUCAUGAUAUAUACAAUCUAUUGGUUUUAUGAUUGGGAUUCAGAAAACCAUGGUGCUCAUCCAAGACAAUUUAUACGUUAUUUAAAAAUAUGGGAAUUGUUAGCCGAUUACUUUCCAAUACAUUUAGUGAUUAGUAAAGAGUUUAUAAAAUUCACUGAAAUUCAUAAUCCAAUCAAGCAAUGUUCACAUGCCAUGAAUUUUAUUGCCAAUAAAUAUACUAUUAAUGAUGGCGAUUAUGAAAACGAUGAUAGUUUUGACAAUGAAAUGACUGAAAGAUCUUUUAUUAAACAUGGUUUACCUACAGAUGUCAAUUAUUUAGUUGGAUUUCAUCCUCAUGGAAUACUGGCUACAGGAGCAUUCAUUAACUUUGCUACAGAAGCUACUGGUUUUUCAAAAAUCUUUCCUAGUUUCAAGCCAUUUCUGGCUAUAUUAAAAGCCCAUUUCAUAGCACCGGUUUAUCGGGAUUUACUGAUGUCAUUCGGUAAGCAGUUUUUGGUUGACAACCCUAACUGUUUUAUAUUUUAUGUGUCUACGAUGAUUGUCUGGAGCAAUACUUAA